AAAGCAAGUUGCUAUUUCCGAAUGAUCUCUCUCUCUCUAUUCUUUUGAGUCCCAAACCCCAUGGCAGGUUUGUCGCUGGAGUUUACAGUUAACACUUGGAAUCUCAGGUCUCUCUCUCAAGUUCCAUGUCCUUUAAGACAUGGCUUUCGAUUCCCGCGUCGGUUGACACGAAGAAGAACGAUUCUCAUGUGUUCUGAUUCAAGCUCUCAGUCGUGGAAUGUUCCUGUUUUAUCUAGCUAUGAGGUUGGUGAGAGGCUAAAACUAGCAAGAGGAGGACAACAGUUCUUGGCCAUGUACUCAAGUGUUGUUGAUGGAAUUACAACCGAUCCAGCAGCGAUGGUUCUUCCAUUGGAUGAUCACAUGGUUCACCGUGGUCAUGGAGUCUUUGACACUGCCCUGAUCAUCAAUGGAUACCUUUAUGAAUUGGAUCAGCACCUUGACCGUAUCUUGCGAUCUGCAUCAAUGGCUAAGAUCCCACUUCCAUUCGAUCGAGAAACUAUUAAAAGAAUUCUCAUUCAAACCGUGAGCGUUUCUGGAUGUAGAGAUGGAUCUCUAAGAUACUGGCUCUCUGCAGGGCCAGGGGAUUUCCUCCUAUCUCCAUCUCAAUGUCUCAAACCAACUCUCUAUGCCAUUGUUAUAAAAACGAACUUCGCCAUUAACCCAAUAGGUGUCAAGGUAGUGACCUCGUCCAUCCCCAUAAAGCCUCCAGAGUUUGCCACGGUGAAAAGUGUUAACUACCUCCCUAACGUACUCUCACAAAUGGAAGCUGAGGCCAAAGGAGCUUAUGCAGGUAUUUGGGUGUGUAAAGAUGGGUUUAUUGCAGAAGGCCCGAACAUGAAUGUGGCGUUUGUUGUUAAUGGUGGUAAGGAGCUUGUGAUGCCGCGGUUUGAUAACGUUUUGAGCGGAUGUACAGCAAAGAGAACACUUACACUCGCUGAACAGCUUGUAAGCAAGGGGAUUCUUAAAACUGUGAAAGUAAUGGAUGUGACAGUCGAAGAUGGAAAGAAAGCAGAUGAGAUGAUGCUUAUUGGUAGUGGAAUUCCGAUCAGACCUGUGAUUCAAUGGGAUGAAGAAUUUAUUGGUGAAGGAAAAGAAGGUCCUAUAGCAAAGGCGCUUCUUGAUCUGUUACUUGAAGAUAUGAGAUCUGGUCCACCUUCCGUUCGUGUUCUUGUUCCUUACUGAGCCAAUCACUCUCUUUGUUCAUCAAAGACAAUAAGCUGUGGCUUUUUUGUAAAGCUUUGCUGUUAUUGUAAGUUGAGUUUAUCAUGGGGUUUUUAGGUAUCUGUCUUUGUAAAGAUUUCUCUUUAUCACUUUUGAAUUAUGAUUGUACCCAUUCUCAACAAUUCAUGGAGUGGUUGCGUCUAGUGCUCAAAUUUCUUGUUUUUCAUCUCUUAUUUCUUUUGAGGUGGUAGCAUUUUUAUAUUGUCGACAAAAAAAAA